UUCGAUUUUGAGGAAUCUAUUUAGUAGAAUCAGACUAAUUUAUUUUUAUUUAUUUCAACAGGUUUAUAAAACCAAUUCCCUUAUUUUGGUCCUAUCACUUAGAAGUAUCCUUUUGUAUCCUCUUAAUAUAAAAAAUUGACAGGUUUCUGUAAUUAUGUCGGAAUAUUAUGAUCAUUACCGUAGUUAUUACCAUCGUUGGGAACCCCUCGCCGAAUUUAAUUUUGAUCUUCUCGAGAAUAUAACGUUUGAAAAUAAUAGGAAAUAUAUUUACUGCCUCUGUACCAGAGUAUACCUAAGAGAUGAAGCAUAUUACGUUGAUAGAGAAGAAAUCAGUGGAAGCGAAGUUGACGGUUUGCGUGAUUCUUACUCACAGGAUAUAGAAGAUCAAUCACAUGUUCAUUUUUCUCUGGAUACAUCUUGUAAGAUUAAAAGCGAGAAUGAAAGUGCAAGUUGUUACUGCAGUGCAUCUCAUACUGAAAAUUAUUGUUCUACUGAUGAACAUGAUCCUCAGCUGCAUUUCACACCAUCCAACGCAAUCCAACCAAGUGACAGUGGGGCAGAUCUCACAUACCAAGACUACCACUCUGAUAUCACUAACCAUGAUAAAAUAGAUCAUGAUUUUGAAAUGCAAGAUGAUAAUAAUGAAAACUACUUAUCCGAAGACACAUGGGAUAAAUUCUGGGCUAUAAAUAGAGAGAGAAUUAUAUGGGCGUCAUGGAUAAAGAAGUAUAGUGACUACAUUAAUCCAUCAUACUUAAAUGAGAAUAAUGAUUUGGUCUUAGAUGAGAAUAAUAUACCAAAACCGCAAUCAUCUGACCCUGUUUAUAUGGAACAAACUGAGACUCAAACAGCCAAAGAUGACUGUGUGAGAGAGAGAAAAUUCUCUUAUGAUUCAAAGGUAAAUCCAUACAAGAAAUUUAAAACUGAAGAUGGAUCAGAUAAAGUUGAUAAAUCAAGUGAAUCAACAUACAGUAAAGAUGAAGCUUGGUUACCUUUAAGUAGGAGACGGUCCUGCUCUGAACAUGAAAGAAUUGUCAGUCCUAGAACAUUUGUUGGCACAGAUUCAAUGACAAAUGUUACAAAGAUGACAUUAUCAAGUCAUGAUGUCACAUCAAGCCAUAUGACAUCAGAAUCAACAUCGACGGAUGAAUAUAGUGUGUCAUCGUCACCAUCAGAUGACCAAUCUAAUGAUCAAACUCGAAUUGCUAAUCUAAAUGUUGAUGAUAACCAAGAUCAGUCAGAAGAAAUGGAUACUGAGCAAUAUUGGGAGUUUUUGUGGAAGAAACAUUUUGGGGAACAAUAUGCUUUGCAUUACGCAAAUUAUAUAGCAUGUCAUGAAGCCAAAGAUGUUGUAGAUAUGGCAAUUAAUGUUGUUGAGGAUGAACCAGAGAAUAAAGUCAGAGAUGUUGAAAUGGAUAGAAGUGAAAGUUAUUCACAAGAAAUGGCAUCAGUUAUUGAAGUUCAAGAGAAAGUUGAUAAGAUUAAACUAGAUGAUGAAACAGAUGAACCAAUGAAUAAAAAGGGCAGGAAAUUUGUUGGGUCUAUUGGAUUGUUGUUACAGACUUUGCUAAAAGUGGAUAGAGAUUCAGAUUUAGAUGAAGUAUUUGAUGCUAAUGAAGUAUAUGGUAGCAGCAAUUCACAGGUUGUAGGUGAAAGUGCGACUUCAACAAACACUAAUACAGCCAUUGAGUUACAUUUACAUCCAACUAACAAUAAUCCACAACAAGGUAGUAAUGAUAAUGGAGAUGAUGAUCCACCUGAGGAAAAGCCCGUGGUAUUAAAAUCAAGUCAUGAAAUUGAGGAAGAAGAAAAAGUAGCAGUUGAAAGGAUAAAGUCAACAUUUGAAAUAAUGGGUUUCGCUAUAGAUGCAGGGGGUAUACCAAAAGGAAAGUUAAUACACAAAAAACGUUUGGGAAAACUCCGACCUCCGCGAUACAAGAAAUUUGUAACGCCAAAGAAAACUUACUUUGACGACGAUGGGAAUCCUUACAUGGAACAGGAAUCACAAGAAGACAAAGAAAUAGUGAGUGACGAGGAUAUUGUGGAUGUAAAAACAGAUAAUGACAAAUUAUCUACACAUAAUGUUGUUACGGAACUCAGUGACAACAAUGAUGAUGACAAAGAUGGUGAUGAGAAUCAAAUGAACUUAGAUGAAGCAGCUUCUGCUCCAUUACCUUUGAAGGUAGAUGAUAAAUGUCCUGAUGAUGUGGCCUGUUGUUCAGGUCAAACGAAACGUCGAAAGAGACAAAAACGUCACGCGAAAUGUGACACACGGGAAGUGUUGUCGGACAUGCCACCAGAACUGCAAGGUGAUCGAAAGAUGAUGAAAUAUUGGAAGAAACGACAUUCUUUGUUCCACAGGUUUGAUGAAGGUAUAAUACUGGACCGUGAGAGUUGGUUCAGUGUGACUCCGGAGAACGUGGCGGCGCACAUUGCAGACAAGUUUGCCUUUGACACAGUGGUGGAUGCCUUCUGCGGUGCAGGUGGCAACACCAUACAGUUUGCCAAGACUUGCCAUAAAGUAAUAGCAAUAGACAUAGACCCGUCUAAGAUUGAGAUGGCGCGACACAACGCUUCAGUGUACGGAGUGGAGAAUAUUGAGUUCAUAGUGGGAGACUUCUUCGAGUUGGCCUCAAAACUCAAGGCUGAAAUGGUGUUUUUGAGCCCACCAUGGGGCGGACCUAAUUACUCACAGAAUCAAAAAUAUGAUAUAGAAAAAAUGUUGGAACCAAAACCGGCAUCAGAGUUGUUGGAGUUUGCAAGGAAAAUUACAUCCAACAUCGCUUUGUACUUACCUAGGAACACCAAAACAGAUCAGAUAAUAUCUUUGGCGAAAUCAAUUGGCGGUUCAGUGGAAAUAGAACAGAGUUAUCUUGAUAGAAGAUUUGUUGCUAUUACGGCAUAUUUUUAUUAAUAAAUCUCGAUUAUAUUUCGUCAUUUGAAAUUUAUGAUAUAUUAAUUAUCAAAUAUGGUACUAAAUGUAUUCUGUUUCUUUACAUCUAGAAUAUAAUGAACAAUGUUUAUUUACGACAGUUAUCGUGGGUUUCUGAUAUCAAAGGCUCCGUUUAAAUCAUGUUGUCUCUGUUUUUUCAAUGAUAAUGAGAGGGAUGACGAUAUGUUUUAUGCAGAUAAUUUGAUGUCAGAAACCUACCGUUAAUAAGAUAGAAAAGUUUUUUCAAAACUGAUCAAUAUUUAUUUUAUGAGUCUAUUUACUAAGGUUUAUUAUUUUUGUUAUAAUUUUUGUAUUUAUUUAAUUGAUAAAAAAAAUAGAUAUACCUCAUAAAGGAUAACGGAUUUUAGAAUGAUUUCUACUCGAAUUCACUUAUUAAUGAUGUUUCCAUUUAAGUAUAAGGUUAAAAGUAGUUGAUUUCUUGCAUUUACAUUUUUUUAGAUUAUUCAGAACAAAAUAAGAAAUAAAUAUAUUCCUCACUUUAUGAUUUAAGUCUGUUAGAGAUCUUUCGUAUUAAUUUUUUUAUACCUGGCAACACUGAAGUGAUGAUUCUUUUUUUUUAGUUAUGACGCACAAUGACAAAGCUCUAUUUUUGUCACAACGGAUUUUUUGACCUAAAGUAAUGUUAGGAUGUUUCGUCUGCUUUAUAUGGGUAGUGUAGUUUUAGUAAUCAAUAAAUGUUUAUAAUACUUAAGUCAUUGUGUAGUUUUCGAAUAAAACUGACCCCAAUUUCUUCAUAAAAUUCUAGAUAUUCCUGCUAAAAUAUUUUACAUUUACACGGUAGUUUUUUUGUUCCUAAAAUAUUGUA